UGUUUCUGAUUUAACGGUACAGACUCGUCAAAUUAGCUUUGUUGAGCCAUUCAGGGACAUCUCUCGCGGACUGCAGGGACCGUGGCAGACAAGGAGUCUCGUGCAAUAACCAUGACGACAGAGUUAUCCACCUCCAUCAACAUCAAGGAGCCACGUUGGGACCAGGGAACCUUCGAGGGCCGAGCGAAGCACUUCUUCACCGUCACAGACCCCCGGAACAUUCUCCUCACCAACGAGCAGCUGGAGAACGCACACAAGAUCAUCAAUGACUACAGACAAGGCGUUGUGUCUCCAGGUCUAACUGAGGACGAGCUAUGGAGAGCCAAGUACAUCUUCGACUCCGCCUUCCACCCGGACACUGGUGAAAAGAUGAUUCUGAUUGGCCGCAUGUCGGCUCAGGUCCCCAUGAACAUGACCAUCACUGGCUGCAUGAUGACCUUCUACAAGACAACACCAGCUGUAGUUCUCUGGCAGUGGAUCAACCAGUCGUUCAACGCCAUCGUGAACUACACUAACAGGAGCGGCGACGCCCCCCUCACCGUCAGUCAGCUGGGCACUGCUUAUGUGUCAGCCACUACAGGGGCGGUGGCCACGGCUCUGGGACUGAACGCACUAACAAAGCACAUCUCGCCCCUGAUUGGACGGUUGGUGCCCUUCGCCGCUGUUGCCGCUGCUAACUGUAUCAACAUUCCUUUGAUGAGGCAAAGAGAGCUGAAACACGGCAUUCCUAUCACAGAUGAGAACGACAACAGGUUAGGGGAGUCGACUAACGCGGCCCAGCAGGCCAUCACACAGGUGGUGGUGUCCAGGAUCCUCAUGGCCUCGCCUGGGAUGGCAAUCCCACCCUUUUUGAUGAACGCACUGGAAAAGAAAGCCUUCCUUAAGAAGUUCCCAUGGAUGAGUGCACCCAUUCAAGUUGGCUUAGUGGGAUUCUGCCUGGUGUUUGCCACUCCACUGUGCUGCGCUUUGUUCCCACAAAAGAGCUCCAUGUCAGUAAGCCGCUUGGAGCCGGACCUGCAGGAGAAGAUCAGGGAGAGUAACCCAGGGGUGGAAAGGGUCUACUUCAACAAAGGACUAUGAGUUUCCCGCCUGGCUCCCCUCCAACCCAUCCUCCUUCCAUCCCUGUCUCCCCUCCUCUCACCUCCCCCCACGGUCAUCCAUAGACACCCAGCGUCUCCCCUCCUCUCUCCGUCAGCCCUCCUCAUGCAGUGUGCCAAAGUUAAGUUUGCUUCUCCAUCUCUCCUCUCCUAUCUCACCUCUCUCUCCUCUCCUACCUCACCUCUCUCUCCUCUCCUA